GUUGACUGUGGGCGCAUGCAACAGCGCGAAAAUCAACGAGCAUAAAUAACCUCUAGACUUGAAAGAGAGAUGGCUGCUCAGACCUAUAUUGCCAUCUCAGAGCUGCAUCCCAACUUUUCCCAUCCGAAAUUAGCAGGAAUAAUCAUUGGUAAAAGUGACAUCAAAAGCUUCCCUGACAGAAAAAAUAUCGGUGAAGACAGAUACACAUUUAGCUUCACAGUGAGAGACUCACAUGACUUCUUCAUCAAUGUGACCGCCUGGGGACAUGAUGCAUACAUCAUCGGGCUUGCCAACAGCUUCAGCAUCGGAGACUGUGUUGCCAUUGAGAAUCCUUUGGUUUCCAGCAAAGAUUCAGAGAAAGGAGACAGAUUCUGUCCUACAACACCAAGCCCCUACAGGCUGCUGGUGUCGGAGACUCACUCUCAGGUCCAUCUGUGUGCUGACACAGACACCAUCGACAGGCUUCUGCCUCUGAUCCAUCUGCCAGUCAAGGACUCCAGAGAUUUUUACUCUCUUGGAGACAUUUUGGCCAACGGGCAAAGUCUGGACAGCACAGUGCUGAAUAUCCUGGCAGCAGUGAAAUCGAUUGGAGAGCUGAAGGAGUUCACCACUUCAGACGGACGUAGAGGUCAGCGACUGGAAGUGAAGCUCUUCGAUGACUCCGUCUCUUCCUUCCCUCUCGUCUGCUGGGACAGAGAAACCAUUCAGCUCGUUCAGGCGCUGAUACCGAAGGAGACGGUUCUCUUUAUAGCCGAUGCAAAGAUUAGCUUUGACAGCUUCCGAAAAGGCAUGACAGCAACUGCUAACUUGAAAACCAUUAUCACUGUCAAUCCUGACACUAGAGAGGCCAGCCUGCUGUACAGCUACGCUAAGGAAGUGUCUGAGUCUGGAGCUCUGGAUCAAGAUGAGAAACCUGAAGAUAUGCCUGUGGAGUCCAUCACUGACGUGUACACAGUGAGCCAGCUGAAGCAAAAAGCCCAGGAGACUCCUGAAGCUUUCUUUGGCAUCACGUACAGCUUUAUCUCCAAGCUUGAUCUGGACUCCUCUGUUUCUAAAGUCAUCAGGACACGCUGCUCCAGGUGCAAGUUUCAGGUGACAGAAGAUGCGGAGAGCUGCAGCAACCAGCUGUGUCCAGGGAGGGAUCAGAUCUUUUCAGCCUCCAUAGGAUUCGAUCUGUUUGUGGACUUCACAGACCACACUGGCACCCUGCACGCCUGCACCCUUAGAAGCCCUGUUGCUGAGAAAGUACUUGGCUGCUCGGUCAGUUAUACCUCACAGAAAGAUUUAAACCUACUGCAGAUUUUGCAUAACUCCUGCUCCAGCUCAUGUUUAACUAGACUAACAGCCCUCCCAUGUCAUCUGCUGAAGACAGAGGAGUUUACCAGCUUGACUGAUGACGGGCGGACUGCAAUGAAAUGGAAAUUUCUCUUGGAGAGAUGCAAAAUUCAUAUCAAGAUCUUCCCUUCCUCUCGAAUGAAGUCUGGGAUGAGGGGGGUGGUCCUGGCCUGUGCACUGGCUGACCCAGGAGAGGUGAAACAGCACAUGUCUGCUCUGCUGCAGCUGCUGUGACUUCAAAACACACAGUGACUGAGCAGGUGGCUGUUUAACCUGCUGUGGAGCACUGUUCUGAAGAGAUUGUUAUAUUGUUCACUUGUAUCUGUGAGUUUUGUGUUCCCUCUAGAGUGUUUAUUUAUCCAUGUAUUUAUUUAUUUAUUUAAAUCAGCUAUAAACAUGCAUAGAAAACUGUA